AUGUCAAGGCGAUUGCCAAGUCUGGUCGAUUUGGCGCAUCGAACUGCUGUCACAGGUCUCGUUGGUCUUGGUAUCUGGGGUCUAUGGCUCACUGCAGCGGUAUGGAAAUCACGUCGCGAUGAACGCCAAAUCAUCGCUGCCAAUGGCGGACAAGUGCCCAUCUCGCAACAAGCACUUGCACUCUCCCAGCAAAAGAACGGAGAGGAUCCCUUCCCUAUCACGAAUGAUCCUAGACAUGAGCCUGGUCGUCGCGUAUGA